AUGUCUCUGCACAUCUAUAUCGCUCAUUCGGGUGAGCAUUUGCUUGCCGACCCGAUAUCAUUCACCUCACCGGAUGCACUUCGGUCAUGGAUUACCCGUAGUACGUCAGUGCCCUCCCAGAGGCAGAUCUUAAUGACUGCCCGUGGGAAAAACGUCAAGAUCCCAACACUUGCAACCGAGAACGAAAUAUUUGUCUAUGAUCGACGUUAUGUCAGUGAGCCAAACAACAUCGAUCCCCCAAAGCUUCCUUCUCCGCAACCACUCGACCUGGAUAGCCCACCCGAUAUUCUCAAGGACCAGAAUGACCUAAAAGCGUGGAGGAAUCUCUACAUGGCCAGACGAACGUGGGCGUUGGCUCUGUUGGAGCGCUGCGAAUUGGUUGAUAAGAGCAUUCAUGAACACAAUGAGCGGACCAGCAUAAUGAACCGCGCAAUGAGCGUGGCUCUCGAGAACCUUAAAUCGCAUGUGGGGACCUUAGAGCAUCGCUUUCAGGAAGCGCAGACAUGGACAAAUGACUUAUUGAAGGAACAGCAAACAGCACUCGAUGGGUGGAAACGGGCACUUGCGACACUGGAGACCAUUCCUGCUCGCAGAGACUUCCCAUUUUUAGGCCGACCGUCGACGCCGAAGAAGGACAAAGAGAAAUCAGUAGGGACGUUGCGGGAAUACGUGGACUUAGAAGAAAUACAGAAGGCUGGGUCGGAAGCAGCGGUCGUAUCUUCCCGCUUUGCUCAUCAAGUCGCAGAUGUGGAGAAAGCUGUAGGUGAGAUUGCGGCAAACACACAGCACCUGAUUGAUAGCACUAUUCCUUCGAGUGUGGACGGCAUCGAAGGCCUAUUACAAGAAGUGCGAACGAUAUCUAAGAAAAUACAGUCCGACUAUGAACAUGUCUUGGCUCUACCCAAUAACCAGAAAACGUUGGCCAACAUUUCUAGGCUUGCCCUCAGCCAUACGAAAAAUCUUCUCCCGUCCCUACUGGAUAUUAGUGCUGAAAUCCAGGCAGGCCUGGACGAUGCUGUCAGACGAUAUAACGAUACGGUGAAGACCGCUUCUAGCCACAUGCAACAGAUAUCAACCAUCGAAUCACGCCUUGCCGAUGUACAGAAUCAAAUUGGCAACCUCAACUUCCAAAGCGAUGCGUUUGAUAUUAUAUAUUCCGUGUUCCAUAUGCCCCUGGUUUAUGGGUCUGUUUUGAUAGAGUCCGUGCGACGCCGCGAAUUCAGUGACAAGAUGAAAGCGGACUCACUUACUCUUGCCGAAGAGAUGUCUGUUUUCCGUGAUGAGGAGCAGCGACGAAGAAAGAAAUGGGUAAAGAAUAUGGGCGAGUUCGUUUCCGUCUCCGAUACGAUGACGCCAGGUAUUGAAGUUAACCUACGGGGCCACGAGCUUGAAUGGCCCACGGUCAGUAGAAAGGAGAUCGAAACUUACAUUGAAGAGCUGAAGACCAAGACUAGUAUGACCAGCAUAGCUCAAGAACUAACCCAGCACUUGAAAGAAUUGGAUGCUCCUACACGGAUGCAGCGUCGUAGGGCCAAGGCUUUUAAGGAAGGCAGUGUCUUUGAUCUAAGCCGCAGCUCUCUUCUCCUUCGCGGUGAUGACAUGGUUCGAAGCCUCAGAGAUGAAAAAUCAAAGCUGGAAGACAGGCUCAAGGGCUCUGAGAGCCGUAUCCGGAAGUUGGAGGAUCUUUUGCACCGCCAGAGUCAUAUGGGGCGACCGGCUAGUGGUAACUUUUCGCUGGAUUUCCCCAGUUUACCUGCAUCACCACAUCCAGACACACACUCGAGAAGAUCGUCUGUUUCAUCGAGGCGAAUGUCGACGAAUCAAUCCUCAGAGGAAAAGGCACUUACUCAACGUAUUGUCCACCUCGAAAGUGAACUGGCUGCGGAGCGAGAGACGGUGCAGAGACUACAGAAAGAAGCCCAUGCUGAACGUCAAUCAAACACCGACAAGUUCCAGGAAGUACAGUCUACGAAGGAAGAUCUGAUUGGUAACCUUGAAGCUCUACAACGCGAGUUUGAUGAUGAACGAAGAUACUUGGAGGAGGAGAAGAAAAGGUUCAAGGUUCGAGCUGAGGAGCUGGAGGAGGAAUUGGAUAGGGUCAUGGACACGCGUGAGCAUGAAAGGCAAGACGCGGACGAGCGGAUACACCAACUCGAAGCGGAGCUUCAAGAUGUGCAUGCUUAUGCUGAGAGCGAAGUUCAAAAGAUGACUGCUCUAAGGGAACAAACACAGAGUUGCAAGGAGAUGGAGGAAGGCCUCCAUGCACGCCUCGAAGAGCUUGAAAAACAAGAAAGGGCAAGAGAAGCAAAAGAUCAGGAGACCUAUCAUGCAUUGCAUGCUGCUUUUAUGAACUUGUCGCCUGGAGGGGCCGUUCCCGAUGGGGUUCCUGGCAUCAUAAAGGCCAUAGAAGUGCUUUCAGAAGGCUUGUCCAUUCACGCUAAGAAUGCCGAAGAUAACGUUACGAAAGCCAUAUCCGAAAGCAAGGCAUUGGAGGAACGCCUGGGCCGAGUGGAAUCCGAGGCUCAAGAAUUGAAGGCGGUUGUAGAAACACGUGAAUCGGAGCUCUCCUCAGCUAGAAAACGACUUGAGGGGGAAGAAUCAAAGGUGACCGCCAUGAUGAGUGAGCUGAAUGACGAGCGGUCAAAGCUGAAUACUCUGCAGUCACAGUUUGCCGCAGGCGAGUCGGGCUCCGAUGCGCUCCGGGAGCGUGUGAUAGAAGAAGAGCGCAAAUUGACGAGUUUGUCCCAGCGGCUGGCUGAGCUGGAGGUGCAGGCUCGCCAGUCCGAAGAAGAGGUCCUUGCCUGGAAACAAAAGGUGGAAGCUGUUUCAGAGUCCGAACAGCAGGCUGCGGCCCGAACAGAGACAUGUGGUAGUAGAUCCCAGGAGCUUUCCAAACAGCUUUUCAGACAGGUGGAGAAGCUGGAGCAUAUGCUGGAGCAACUGGGCUUCACCAUUAUUCGACAGGAUGGAGACAUAGUUGUCCAGAGGUCCUCGAAAGUAAAUGCGCUGUCGGGUACAGGUGAUAGCCUCAGCCAGUCCGGAAUUGUGUCGGUCAGGCCCGACCCCAGUCUUCUUAAUUGGAUGGAAGCAGAUAACACUGAAGAGGAAACCGACCAGUUCAUGGCCUUUAUGGAGUCUCUGUACCAAUUUGAUGUGGACAUUUUCGGGGAUGCGGUCGUCAAACGAGUCAAGGAUAUUGAAUUACUCGCUCGCAAGUGGCAGAAAGAGGCUCGGGGAUAUCGUGAUAAGUACCAUCGGACCCAAAGCGAAGCUCAUGAAAAAAUCGCCUAUCGAUCCUUCAAGGAGGGGGAUCUUGCCCUCUUUCUGCCGACUCGGAACCAAGCCAUUCGGUCCUGGGCCGCGUUUAACGUUGGAGCUCCGCACUAUUUUCUGCGCGAGCAAGAUGCGCAUAAGCUUCAGGCCCGGGACUGGCUAUUGGCGCGCAUCACUAAAAUCGAAGAACGGGUUGUGGAUCUCUCCAAAUCCAUAAAUGGUGCCAAUCCUGACCGUCGGUCACUCGGCGAGGCCAGCGAUGGCACAUCCUUCGAUGACGAAAAUCCAUUCGAGUUAUCUGACGGCCUCCGCUGGUACCUUCUGGAUGCCGUGGAAGAAAAGCCUGGUGCCCCAGCCACCCCAGGUCUGGGCAAAAGCACAGUUGCACCGGCCCACGUUGACGCGAAAGGCAGCAUUCGAUUGAAACGCACAACUGCCGGUGGAAACGUCGCCAAAACCCUCUCGAAGAGUCUGGAUAGUCGGCGGAACAGCUCUGCUUCCAAAAAAGGGCCCAGCACUCCAUCCCAGCGGGCGAACGACUCUACAAUCGACCUGGUCCGACCUGCCGAGGUAGACGCUACAGCUACUGGCUCGCAGCCACGGGAGAGGGCUCCUGUUUUCGACGAGGGCUUGGGACGAACCUAUGAGGCUUUGCCUGGUCAGCCGCAACUGCAGCAGCCACUUAGAGACACCAGUUCUCUUGCAUCCCCCCGUCUUGAGGAUGUUCAUACUGCCUCGUCACGAUCAACCCCCAGUCAGCGCCCAGCGGCUAGAUAUCGGCCAUGGGAGAAGCUCUGGUCUGUUGAAUACCGUUUAGAGAGCGAGAAUCGGUGA